AUGCUUGGCGGCAGCCUGCUGCUGCUGGCCGCGUCGUCGGUGGGGCCAACCUGCCGCGUCGCCUCAGCUGGGCCGCUGCAGCCGCCGCCCAGUGUAUCUGUGUCGCCCCAGCUGCGGGAACAGUCCCUGCGGGCACAGCAGGUCCUUUUACAGCAGCAGCAGCAGCAGCAGCAGCAACAGCAGCAGCAGCAGCAUGCUGGCGCCGCAGCCCCGCAGCAGGAGCAGCCGGCGCCCGGCGCCGGCCCCACGCCCAGCGGCGCCGCAGCGGGUGGCGACCAGCAGCAGGCGCAGCAGCAGGCUGCGGCCGCGGACGAGCUGCUGCCGCACGAGCGGCGUGUGGUCACGAUAUUCGAGUCAAACCGGCCGUCGGUGGUCAAUGUCAGCCACGUGCGCAGCAUGCACCACUUCUUCACGCUGGACCUGAACCGCAUGGCGGUCGGCCAGGGCAGCGGCUUCGUGUGGGACCGUGCCGGCCAUGUCGUCGUUGCGGCGCACACGGUCAAGGGCGCGUCCGAGGUGAAGGUUACCCUGCACGACCAGACCACCGCCACCGCGCGCGUCGUGGGCGCGGACCCUGCCUCGGACAUCGCUGUGCUGCAGCUGGCGCUGCCUCGUACGCGGACCGAGGCGCUGCGACCGGUGGUGCUGGGCAGCAGUGCGGGGCUGCGGAUCGGGCAGUGGGUCUGGGUGCUGGGAAAUCCCUGGGGCCUGGAGCACACCCUGAGCCAAGGUAUUGUGGGCGGCCUGGGGCGCGAAAUGGGUGCGGGGCUGUGGGCCCUGAAGAACGCCAUCCAGACGGACGCCGUCAUCAACACCGGCAACUCGGGCGGGCCGCUCCUGGACUCCAGGGGCCGCGUGGUGGGCGUGGCCAUCGCACUCCCCGACUCUGGGGCCAGGGCGGGGCCCCAGGGCGUGGGCCAUGCCGUGCCCAUUGACGCGGUGCGCCGGAUAGUGGAGCAGCUGCUGGCGCACGGCCGCGUCAAGAGGCCCUCCAUGGGGGUGGUGCUGGCGCCGCAGCAGGUAUUGCGUGGCCUGGGUGUGGACGGCGUGCUGAUUUUGGAGGUGCCGGCCGGCUCCCCCGCGGCGGCUGCGGGGCUGAGGCCCACGUAUCGCGACGUAUUUGGGGAUGUGGUUCUCGGGGACAUCGUGGUGGGCAUCGACACGCGCCCUGUGCGCACCGCCAGCGAGCUGAUUGCAGCGCUGGACGACAAGCGUCCCGGGGACCGCGUGCGCUGCGACGUGCUGCGCGACGGCAAGCGGCUCAGCAUGGUGGUGCAGCUGGCGGAGCGCAUGCCGGGGUCGGUCGAGGAGUGA